AGAAAUGUUGCAAGUUCACAAGGAAUUUUCUCAGUACAUCUUGAAUUGAGAAGAAGACGCAGCAAUGAGUCUCACUACUAAGGACAUGUCUGUUGUGAAAGCCCUUUGGGCCAAAAUCGGCCCUAAGGCUGAUGAGAUCGGAGCAGAAGCCUUGAGCAGGAUGCUCGUCGUGUACCCCCAGACCAAGACCUACUUCUCCCACUGGGCUGACCUGAGCCCUGGAUCUGCUCCAGUGAAGAAACAUGGAAAGACCAUCAUGGGGGCUGUCAGUGAUGCUGUUGCCAAAAUUGAAGACCUUCCUGCCGCUCUGUCCCAGCUCAGCGAACUGCAUGCUUACAAGCUGAGAGUGGACCCUGCCAACUUCAAGAUCCUGGCUCAUAACAUUAUUGUGGUCACGGCCAUGCUGUUCCCUGCUGACUUCACUCCUGAAGUUCACGUGUCUUUAGACAAGUUCUUGCAGAACCUGGCCUGGUGUCUGGCUGAGAGAUACCGCUAAACUACCAAUGGGAAGGAACCCACUGAUGAAGUUGUUCUUUGACACAACUAUGUUUGAAUAAAGUCACUUGAUAAAUGAA